AGUAAACAAUAAGCUCAUAUGUAUAGCCAAUAUGGCUGUAGACAGUAAAGUAUGAAAUGUGUUACCUGAAAAGCAGGUUAAUUUAACAAACGUUAUCUACCGUUUUAUAUUUUCAUUAUCUACAAGUGUCAGUGUAAAUACCAUAAUUUUCGUGCAUUAACCUAAAACACAAGCUUGGCGGCAAAAUGAGCAAUAUUUACAUUCAAGAGCCUCCAACAAACGGAAAGGUCCUGUUGAAGACCUCGGCAGGUGAUAUUGACAUUGAGUUGUGGUCCAAGGAGGCUCCUAAAGCAUGCAGGAACUUUGUGCAGCUAUGCAUGGAAGGUUACUAUGACGGCACAAUAUUUCACAGAGUGGUGCCUGAAUUCAUUGUUCAAGGUGGAGAUCCCACUGGGACAGGGACAGGUGGAGAGUCCAUCUAUGGCCGGCCAUUCAAGGAUGAAUUUCACUCCAGAUUGCGCUUCAAUCGAAGAGGUUUGGUUGCCAUGGCAAAUGCUGGGCCACAUGAUAAUGGCAGUCAGUUUUUCUUCACCUUGGGACGCGCAGAUGAGCUCAACAACAAACACACUAUAUUCGCCAAGGUCACAGGAGACACAGUUUAUAAUAUGCUCAGAUUAGCCGACGUUGAAUGUGAUGGAGAGGAAAGACCUCUGAAUCCCCACAAAAUAAGAAUCGCGGAGGUGCUUCACUCUCCCUUUGAUGACAUUGUACCCCGUGAAAUAAAGAAAGGCAAAAAGGAAAAAGACAAAGAGGAGGGAAAGAAAUCACAGUCCAAAGCCACAAAGAACUUCAGUCUGUUGUCAUUUGGAGAAGAAGCUGAAGAGGAAGAGGAGAUGGUGAAUCAAGUCAGUCAGACAUUGAAGGGAAAAAGCAAAAGCAGCCAUGACCUCCUGAAAGAUGAUCCAAGGCUGAGCUCUGUUCCAGCAGUUGAUAAGAAGAAAAAGAAAGGGACAUCUGGAGAUGCAGCUGAUACGGACGAUGAUGAGGCCGAUGAUGAUGUUGAAGACGACAUGGAAGAAGAUGAAGAAUAUGACUCAGAUAAGAAAGAGAAGAUGAGAGAGCUCAUCAGUAAAAAGCUAAAGAAAGAAAAAGGCACAGAGAAAAUGACGGAGCCCAGUGAGGAAGAGCGAGGGAAAAAGACCAGCCGCAGUGAUGAAUUACGGAAAGAGGCGCGGCAGUUGAAGAAGGAGCUACAGGCCAUAAAGCAAAGGAAAGAAGAAAGUUCAAAACCUGUAGUAGAUGAAGUCAAGGAAGUGGAUAAAAAGCCAAACAGUGAGGCAGUGGCUGAGUACCUGGAGGGAAGAAAGAAGUACGAAGAGCUCAGGAAACAAAAACUGAAGAAAGGCUCAAACAGAGAAGAACAGACACUGGCCCUCCUCAAUCGCUUCAAGUCCAAGCUGUCAUCGGCUAUCACUGAUGCUCCAGAGGAUGACGUGGAGGACCUGGCAGAAGAUGAUGACAAAGGAUGGAUGGGCCAUGUUCUGCAGUUUGAUGAGCAAACCAGAAAAGUCAAGGAUGCCAACAUGCAGGACGAGGACACUUUUGAGAUCUACGACCCGCGCAACCCCGUCAAUAAACGACGGAGAGAGGAGAGCAAGAAGAUCAUGAAGGAGAAAAAGGCCAAGAGGUGAGGUCACAAGGUCGAAGGUCAGGUCCUGCCCAAGCCAAGUGACUGAAGAAGUGGUCAUAGUGCAUCCUGCCUGUCCGCUUUUCCACCACUUCAAACCCUGCUUUUGUUGAACAGUCUCAUGGCUCAAACAUCUGGAUUGAGGAUACUGAUCUGAGCACAUACCAUCCCUGUAAUCUGUGAUGGAAGGGCUUCUUCACUUUAAACAGCUGCACCCAGACAACAUUCAGUUACUCAUCAGGAUUAAGGCUGUAGUCGCAGUAAUGAUUAAGGUCAUAAUUUGAUUACGUGUUAAGUUGUUAACUUUUUUUAUGCCGGUUGUUUAUGCCAUUCUUUCUCCAUUUUUGUUGUCUAGAGCUUAAAUGUGAGCAUUAGACUUUACCCAAAAAAUAAAUGACAUUUGUUAACAAGA